UCAAUGCUCGUAAGACAUCUGGUACAGUUCAGGUGGUAAUCACUGCGCCGUUACCAGGGAAAAGGACGUGUAGGUAGUGUGAUCACUACGCUGUUACCAGGUAAAGGGACAUGCCGGAGUAAUAACCAUACCUGAAGCAGACAUAAGCUGUUUGUUGUGAGCCCGCCAGGCGGCACAGUGCUUAGACUAUUGUCCUCUUACUUGACGAUUAGCUACAAAAUUUGCCACAAUACUAGCGAGCAACUUAGAGACAUUUGAAGGUAAACAGGAUUGGAAAGAACCAAAAACGUCGGCUAAAAAACUUUGGAUUAUAUUUCAGAAGAACUGUGAUGGCGGGUCAGGAGAUGAGCAGAAGUCCGAUUUCUGCAGACUGUUGUGCAGUGGAAAACUUAAAGGCUUCAGUCAUGUAGCUCACCUCAGAAUACAUAUCACAUAAGUAUCGUUGAAGAAGAAUUUUCAUUCCUUUCCAUGUCCAUGGCACAGAAAGUUCCUGCAACCACCUAUCCAGCAGCUGAGACAGACAUACUGCGCAGUGUGCAAGCCAUCAUGCGUGAGCUUGAUGGUCACCACCACCCGGGCUUCCAGUGUGACCAAGGAAUGUUAAGAUGGACACUACAUAAGAAGACUGAACGACAUCCCAACAAUUUUGCUAUUUUAGUUCAAAUUCUUGUCAAGGAACUAGAAAGGGCUGCCAGAGCAGAUAACCGGCAUUAUCUUAUCCCAUUACUGCAUUCACUGAUGUACACCAUUAUAAAGGCACCAUUUAUCCCUGAUGACUUGUUUGAACGCGCGUACAAUUUAUGUACAAAGUUAUUUACUUUCCCAAAGCCAUAUUGCAUAGUUGGCCUUGAUUAUGCCAUUCGUUUAAAGAGUGAAAGAAGAACUCCAGGACUUUUAUACCAGAGGCUGGUCACAUCAGAACAGAGCCUGAAGAAUGAGACAUACCCUUACCAUGACAAGGUUUUUAUAUUUGCAGAUCCCGAUUUACUCUCGGAAGAUGUCAGCAUCACACUUCAUGGUGAAUUGAGCAGCACCCCUUUUUCUCAAAACCCUACAGCACAGAUGAUCACAGUUAUAAAACAUACCAUGCAAGCAGCCCUGGGAGAUAAGUGUGAUGUUCAGCAGCUGCAGAAGACACUUGAGGACAAUACCACAGAUGUUCUGGAGCAGUAUUUUGAGGAUGUAGUGUUCGCAGUUGAGCAGGCAUCAGAGGAACUCAACAUGGAUAGCAACAGAUACAGUGAGGUUAUGAAGGAACUCUACACAAAAAUGCUUGGCUCAACUCAGACAGCUGUCAUAUCUACCGGAAAACUGCAGUACAUGCAUCCACCUGUUCUAAACUUCAGCUUCAGCCUCUGGAAGGAUGAUGAUGAUAUCUGGCGUGAGCUUGCACAUUUCUGCAAACCCAGGUCACGUAGUGAGCCAUAUUCUGUAAGUCAAGUACUAGAAAAUUUUGAACUGUCUGAUGUCAUUAUGGACAUAAGCCUUGGUGAGCAGACUAGGUUUUCAGUUAUGUCAAAUGACAGUGGAAUUGAAAGGGACUUGCCUUCAUCUGAACUGCCUCCAGUAGUUGAAGAACCUUCUACUAACCCCAGUUCUGACAAAGGAGAAUUGCGGCUACAACGAAGAGGUGGAAUUAAAAUGAAAUCACCUGUCAAUGAAACUGGCUCAAUUCUGCAGACUGUUAAUGUGAAUACUGUUGCAAAGAAUUCUGGGAGAUUGCAGAGACGCUCUGGUAGCUCUCACUUACUUGACUUUCAAGAACAAAGGUUAUACACUGCAAGAGUCAUAGUUCUUGGUGACGACAGAAUAUUAGGAAAACUAGCAAAGGCCUACUACUUGCUAAGGAAGAGGGAGACACGGAGGCCCUGUCUAACACUGAAGCUGAAUCUUCAGUUUUACUAUAUACCCAUUCUACAAGAUUCACAGAAUUUUCCACCUACCAAAGAUCCUACAACAUAUGGCACGGAUGAGUUCGGCGAAGUGGCAGCAUAUCUGAGCCAAGCUGAUCCCUGGUACAAAAACAACAUCAACACCUUGGGACACAUGAUACCAAAAAUGGCUUCAAUGAUGUCUGCAACCAACAGACCAGGUCAACCAGAUCCCUUCAUCACUGAUGUAAUCUCUUACUAUGUGCGGAUGGGUACUCAGCCAGUUUACUUCCAGAUCUACACAGCAAAGAUUUCCUUCUCUGACUACAGCUUACAACCCAUUGAGGAGACGUUUCUUACUGAGUUGGAGGCCAUAAUUGAAGAGCCUGAUUGCCCGAAAGAUAGCACUUUAAUGAAGAGAAAGAGUGUGUCAGUUGGUUUUAUGGGAGCAAUGGGUACAGACAUUUCCAUCGACUACAAGAAGGUUUCACUGAGCAACAGAGAUAAAAGAAGCAACAUGUGGUUGCGUUGUACUUCAAUGACUUUGAACACAAUACCAUCAAAUGAAACCGAAGACCUUGUCUGCCUAACUGCAAGCCUCAGUGAAGUUGUUAAAACAAACACUCUAGCAGGAAAAUCAGUUUCCUAUGAGACAACCACAUUUCGUGCAUGUGACAUAAAAAUCACAAGUCAGGGAAGAAAAACAUUUAUUGUGUGCCUUGACAAAGAUUCAAGAAGAGAAUAUAGCAAUGUUGUCAGCAUUGAAGUUUCACCAUGCUUGGACCCUGGGUACUGCAUGCAGAGAAAAAAAAUCAUGAGGUUCAGUCUCGGGGAGCAAGAAGAAGGAGGAAUUACCAAAUAUAUGGCCAAAAGUCUGCUGUUACCUAUUAACACUUUUUCAGGUGUCAUUCAAUGAAAUCAGAUGAAAUGAAAACGGCAGGAAUAAGUGUCACUGGUUUGCAGAACUUGUAGGUAAAAUGGCCUACAGUUUAAAAAAUUCUGAAAACUAUAACAUUCAAGAUGGAGAACAUUCCUGAGAGAAAAAGAAAAAAAGAAAUGGAUACUUUCUAAAACCAUUUUACUUGCUGAAUAUAUUUUACAGUAAAUGGAGAGAGCUUGUAAGCAAAGAAAGUUCGUAAGCAAACAAUUAUUUCUUUUCGCUUUCCAGUAUAAUUCCGGGGUGAUGCAGUGUGACCCUAUGGUGAUGCAGUGUAAUCCUAGGGUGAUACAGGAGUACAAAGGAGUUUCCUUGCACAUCAUGUUGGUGCUUUUUAAAAUGUUGGUUAAAUCAAGUACUUUGAAUUCUAAACAAAAGUGCCAUGUGCCCUCAUCAUCAUCAUUAUAGCAAUUAAAAGCCUAAUUGGAGUCAUAUCUUCGGAUCUUCAGUAUAGCGGACAAUACAUGGGGUCCAUCAAAACAUAGUAGAGCAGAGACCAAAAUACAGCAUUCACUGGCACUUUACAAUGAAAAAAUCAAAUAUUUUAUGAUGAUGUAAUGAUAAGACAUAUGUUUUGUUUCAUAUUAACAAAGAUUAGUUUUUCAGUCUUCUCUGAUAGAGGCAACAUUCAGCAAUCAUAAGACUGGGAAAGUGAGAUAUGGCUACUCUCAUCUUCAUCUUUUAAGUUAUGACAAGAAGUGACUCUAAGAGAUGAACGCAAGAUAUUAUGAAGUGCUCCAGGAGACUGUUUUUACCAAGUCAUCACUAAAAUGUCACUUUCAAAAGAGAUGUGCCUGGAAAUAUUUCCCAAAAUAUUUGAAAUACUGUACAUUUCUCUGUUAUAUGUGAUUAUGUAUAAAUGACACUGCACUCUUUAGAUGUCAUGUAGUUAUUUUUUAUGUCAUAAUUUUCAGUGACAUAAUACUCCCUUUUUUGGUAACAGUACACAGUGAAACAGGAGACUAUGAAUUAGAGCAAAUACAGAAAACAUGAGAUUAACUUGAAGUGGCAGGUUUUUAGCACAGAUGACUGAGGUAUGGCUUUAGUUCAUGAGCCACCUAUGACUGAAAUUUCAGAACAAGCCGAGGCUAUGAAGCACCAGCGAUAGAGAUGUCAGAAUAUUAAGGGAAUAACUCUCCCAUUAUGGAUCUAGAACUAUUUCUGUUCUUAAUGAGUCUGUGAGCAGAUGUGUAGAAAAACAAUUCAAAGUAGAAGAAGAACAUUGUACAACAUGAAGGUUUCACCGACAUUGUUGCUGGUCCAUAUUCUGAAGCUGUCCAUAGAACUGUACAUGUACCAUUCCCCUGCUUGGAGGUUCAUGACUUUGUAUCACUUGUGUGAUUACUCAGUACAGCAGUGGGGUUGUAGGAGGACAGUACUUGUGAACAGAAACACUUACAUACACUAGGCAAUGCUACUGUCUGCCAUUUUCUCAAUAAGGAAAAGUAGACAGUUACUCAGUAGCUCACUACACAAUCUACUCUUGGCUAAUGUUAAAAGUUCCAGAUGUGAACCUGCAUACUGUAGGUUAGACAUGGCUGUAAAAAGAGGAGGAUUAGAGGAGAAAGCUCAUGUCAUAGAAAGUUAUUGUCAAUCAAUGAGAAAAAAGGUUCUGAAAUAGAAUGUGGUGCCAUAUACCCGGAGUAUAUCAAUGAUAUUUUAUUUCUAAAAAUUUGAAUAUUUCUUUAAAAAUCCGAACAACUUGGAUCUUUUUCUUUAUUUCAAGCACUUCUGUUUGUCUGUUACUAGUUCCAUCUCUUUAGCAUCUGAUAAACUUUGCUAGAAUGUCUGAUUACUACGGUGGGCUUUAUGAGUAGUAAAGGUCAGGAGGUCAGGGAAUGUUUAAUGAAGAGCACUCUGUACCCCCCAAAAGGGGCUCUAAUUAUGGUACUACAAUAUUGCUAUAAUGGAACUGUGACAGAUGGUAUCAAAAGCUUUAGCUAAAUCUACAUAAGUGACACCAACUGUUAGUAAAUGAUCAACAGCCCAAAUUUCUUGGUUGUAAAACUACACCAAAUUUGUGAUUGUAGAUCUGCUGGGGCCAAAAAUCAUGUUGGUAUUAAUCAGUACAUCUACUAUAAUUUUUUAGGAUCAGAAAGUAAGUUCAGUAAGACUCUUUUCAUAACACUUAUGUAAAAUAGCUGUAAGGUUAAUGAGUCUAUAAUUUUGUAUUUCCAUCUAAUCACAUUUUUUAGUAACUGGAGAAAUAAUUGACUUUUUCCAAGAAGAGGUUACUAUACAGUUACAUAGCAAAGUAGUGGAAAUCAUAUGUAACAGUGUCAGAUAGCAUUGCCACCUAUCUGAUUUUUUUCCGGACUACCCGGAAAUCAAACUGAUUACCUGGUAGUCUGGAAAAGAGUGUACAAACUCAGUAUUCUGUUUCAAAAAAAGAAACAGACUAUCAGAGUUUGUAAAAUUGGCAGAUUUACUAUGUCUUUUUUGUUACAAAAAGCGUAGUAAAUCCACAGAAAAAACACAUCACGAUGGGAAAAAGAGCAUGCCCCCACUACCCCACCAUAGGCUGAUGUGACAAUGAUGUCACAAAAUAGGUGGAAAGUAGGUGGGGCAUAGGCGGGGUUAUGGGUGGUGCGAGAGGUGUGGCCUAAGUCUGGUUUUAUCCACAACGAAAGGUGGCAACCCUAGUGUCAGAAGAUUUCCUUUUAGGCCAUGAAUCAACAGUACAGGUAUAAGGUCAGGAUCGAUAGAGAUUUUAUUUACUAAUUUUUAAUGCCAUAGAAGUCAGUUCAAUAAUUAUCAAAGGACUAUUCUUAUUUGCUAUUGAAAUUAGUACCAGAGUAAGCAUCAUACACUUGAGUUGUGUUGAGUCAUAAAGAAACUUAUGAAACUCUUCAGCAAUUCUACUAGGAUCAAUGUUAAAUUACCAUCUAUAAAAAUAGAUGGGAUGGAAUCAGUAGUUGUAACUGAGUUAAUAUACUUAUAAAGCUGUUUUUUUUAUAAGUUGCUGGAGAUAAGUGAGUUUCCUACUCACAUUUUGUCCUUUUUAAUAAACCCUCAUUAUGGAAUGCAGAUUCCUGUUCAGCACCGGGGAUAUUAGGUGUUCCUGGUGUAGGAUGAGACCAAAACAGAGCACCUCUGUACAUUGUGAAUCUUUAUGGCAGCAGACAGUACAUCAAAUUCAUGUAGGACAUGUGAGUGCAUGGGAUCUCUUUCAUACAUAUUGAAGGGACAGAGGUGGAAACACUGUAGUAAUAUGUUGUGGUAAAGGUCUUGUGAAACUGCAUAAACAGAAUGUAAUAGGUUAAACCAUUCUUGGCCUUCACUUUCCAUUUUACCACUUCUUCAUAGCUGAGUGCUUCCACUAAGUAUGUUAGUUCCAGUAUGACUUAUUGUCAGAUUGGAUAAUCCACAUCCCUUAACUAACUGGUCUCAUGUGGCUUAGGUUAUGUUAACAAUUAGUGCAAAGACAGUGGUCUCAAACUAAAUGGGAAAAUGUGUAAUAUAGUUCAUUCUGGUAAAGAAAAGUAAAAAUUCCAUAUCAUACUGUGUAGGUACCAUAUCACUCAAAUCAGACACUGUGGUAAGGGAUCUAGGCAGCCUUGCUGAUAUUCUUUUUUAUUUAACCAUCAUGUCUGUGUAGCAGUUGAGAAGGCCAUCUGUCUGUAUCACGUAUUUUCUACAGGUAUCCUCUUUAGAGCCAAAAACGUCUUAUUACUUCUUUACAUAUCUCUUAUUAGAUCUAUUAUUGAAUAUAAUGC